AGAAUAAAUCUGUCGCUGAACACCAAAGUUCUUCUCGAAUCCUGAAGUGACGCAGAGCAGAAGCUGCGGAAUGGAGAAGAUUUCCAGUCAGUUAGGAGCAGUAAACGACGCCACCUCUUCUCCAAACUCGAAGCAAGAACUCCAGCCUUACAGCCAGCGUGAGCACCCCGGCUCCAGCAGCCUGAAAGCUAACACGAUCGGGGAAGCUGUUCUGUACGGGCUGCCUAUUGUCUCGUUGGUGAUUGACGGCCAGGAGAGACUGUGUCUGGCCCAGAUCUCCAACACGCUGCUGAAAAACUACAGCUACAACGAGAUCCACAACAGGAGGGUGGCUCUGGGUAUCACUUGCGUCCAGUGCACCCCGGUCCAGCUGGAGAUUUUGCGUAGGGCGGGGGCUAUGCCUAUCUCGUCCAGAAGAUGCGGCAUGAUCACCAAGAGGGAGGCGGAGAGGCUCUGCAAGUCGUUCCUGGGCGAGCACACGCCUCCCAAACUACCCGAGAACUUUGCCUUCGAUGUUUCCCAUGAGUGCGCCUGGGGCUGUCGCGGUAACUUCAUCCCGGCAAGGUAUAACAGCUCUCGGGCCAAGUGCAUCAAAUGCAGCUAUUGUAAUAUGUACUUUUCUCCAAAUAAAUUCAUCUUCCAUUCUCACAGAGUCCCGGACACUAAGUAUACCCAGCCAGACGCUGCAAACUUCAACUCUUGGCGGAGGCACCUCAAACUCUCGGACAAAGCUCCGUCCGACUAUUUAGCUCACGCUUGGGAAGAUGUCAAGGCGAUGUUCAAUGGAGGGAGCCGCAAGAGAACCCUCCCCAACCACGGAUCCGGAGGGUCGUCUGCUCUAAAAGCUCAGGGACCCAGCUCCAUCCCCCCCAGGAACUCGGAGAUACCCCACAAAGCCAUGAGGUGUGAGGACGAAGGGCGCAGCCUGAACCUUGGAAACAAUGUCAGGAGUUACCCGGUCAUCCCCGUGCCCAGCAAGAGCUUCGGGAUGUUGCAGAAAAUCCCCCCUCCCAUGUUCCCCCAUCCCUACGGAUUCCCGACCUUUGGACUUUGUCAGAAGAAGGACGAAAGCAACGUGGUGGGGGAGAAGGCGCAAGGAGCAUUGCCCAGUAUGUUUUGGUCUGGCAAUAAGGACACUGUCUACCCGUCGUUUCCCAUGUUCUGGCCGGCGGCCGGCACUUUACCGGUGCCCUCGUACCCGCAGGCUCAGCCAAAGGUGACAGAGAACCCCAGCGCCAGGCAGAAUGAGAUAGACGUGUCAGAGCAGAGUGACCGGAGCAGUAACACUCCCAAGGACAGUUUGGCGGACAGUGAACGAUGCUCGAGCACUCACUCCAGGAACGAGGAGGACAGGUCAGGGGACGAGGCCCGCUCGAUAGAAGGCAUGUCCCUCACCCCUCGAAAACUCAACUACAUCUCAGCGUUCAGACCGGUGGUCAAGGACGCAGAGAGCAUCGCUAAACUUUAUGGCAACAGAGAGGUGUACAACGGCGCAAGGCCUGGCUACCUGUCACCGGAUUUUAUGAGCGAGAGUUCGAGCUACAGGUCAGUGUCUCCCGACGUGGACAGUGACGGCGAAGAACCGGAGGUGGAUGUGGAGUCCAACAGAUGCCCAGAGGACGAGCCUUCCCCACCGAUGCCAGAAAACGUCCCAGAGCCGGAGAGCCCGCCCCAAGAAACUGCCGCCAACCCAGAACCCACACACCAAAUCCCGACUAAAGAGACCCUGGGAAUACCGUUUGGAGAUCAGGGAGCAGCGGAAGUCAGGCAAGGCGAGCAGAGUGUGGCGGAGAAAGGCCAAGAGGUGUUUUCACAGGAACAGGAGAGUCACUUGCACAGUGUGAAAAAUCCUUCCACAGUGGUCCCUGCACCGACUUACAUCUGUAGCACAGACACAGCUGAACAUGAUAAGGAGGACAAUCAAUGCACGGCGGAGGCCUCCGAGUCCAGAAAAUCAUAUCAGGAGCAAGGCACCGUCUCACAGGACACCUCAGCCAACAGUGAGCGGGGCGAAGAUGGGAUUCGACUGGAGACCUCGAGAACCCAAUUGGUGGAAAAAGAUAUUGAAAACAUGGGGAAAGAAGAAUUACAAAAACUGCUUUUGGAACAGAUGGAGCUUAGGAAGAAGUUAGAACGGGAAUUUCAGAGUUUGAAAGACAGUUUUCAGGAUCAAAUGAAGAGGGAAUUGGCCUACAGAGAGGAAAUGGUCCAACAACUCCAAAUCGUUAGAGACACGCUCUGCAAUGAACUAGAUCAAGAGAGGAAGGCGCGCUAUGCGAUUCAACAAAAGCUGAAAGAAGCACACGACGCCCUCCAUCAUUUCUCAUGUAAGAUGCUGACCCCUCGACAUUGUACUGGAAACUGUUCCUUCAAACCUCCUCUGCUCCCGCAGUGACAAACCAGCCGUUUACACAUCAACACAAGCGACGUUAUAAAUUAUCCUUAGUACUGUAAAUAAUAAUUUAAAAAGAAGUUUUUAAUAAAAGCUGCAAACUGGGACAAAUGGAAAGCCAAGGGGAACCUAACCAUUGACAACCAGGAGAGGCCAGUGCACCUGUUCUAGUCGAUGGAGAUUGUGAAUAUAAAUUCAAGGACUAAUGAGCACGGAAUUUUCUAUAUGAAGAAUGAAUAGAUGACCUCAGGGUCACUAUUACAGACCUACCUGUUUGACUUAAUGUCCACUUAUUUAAAAAUAUUGUUCAUAAGAAAUAAGUGGUUAUGUGCAAUUUAUCUUUCUGUAAUGUGAUUUCGUUCGUACAGUAUUUAAUGGUUGUAAUUUAUUGGUUAUUUAUUAUUUAUUUGCCUUUCUCAGCCCGAAAUCUAACGGGGAACAAAAUUA